GAAAGGCACAUCACUACGCCGUAUUAUUAAAAAAAAAUGUGGUCAUGACAACCGAUGUGAAACUGAACCGAAAUAAAAAACAUAAUUUUAUUUCAUUAAUAAAACUGAUGUAGUGACAACGUACUUUAUAUAUUCGAAGAAAUGAUUAUGUUUCACUUAUGGUCGGUUCUACAGUGGUAUCUGCGACCUUUCAUCAAAUGGUUCCUCAGAAAAACUACGAAGCUGUGUGAGCUACAGAGAAUUUGUUACGGUGAUAAACCUGGAGCUGAAAGAACGCGAAAUGUGGAGAAAUCAUUGAUGCUAUCUCGUACCCGAGAUGUGCAAGAGGUCGUAACGUUUUUAGACGCUGUUGUGCGUGAAAGGAGAUUUGUUGCUCGUAAUUUUCGUGAAAUCUUAGACCCGUCAAUUAAUAUCAUUGUCAGGGUAAAGAAAAUAAAUCCAAAACUACAUGGACCUUUUGUAGUUUCUUUCCGACGAUGCUUAGAACAAAUCUGGAGCUAUAAAUGUUUGGUAGACGACGUCGAAAGGCUACGACAGACACAGUAUGACAGCAACAAUGAUGAGCAUGAGAAUAAAUUGCUGAAAUUGUGGUCUCUUCUAGUGCCCCAUGUUACCCUUGACGCAAGGGUGACAAAGCAAUGGCAAUACAUAGGAUUCCAAGGUGAUGAUCCAAAAACAGAUUUCCGUGGAAUGGGCAUCCUUGGACUGGAUAAUCUUCUAUAUUUUGCUAUGGAAUAUCCUCAAAUAUCAAGCCAUGUGUUAAGUCACUCACUGCAUCCCAAAUAUGGCUACACCUAUGCUAUAGUAGGUAUUAAUAUCACAUCUAUGGCAUAUUUUUUACUAAAAGAUGGUUCUGCUAAAACUUAUAUGUUUAAUGCAAAGCAAUAUUUACCUAAUGUGAACCUAUUCCACAAAUUUUAUUGUUACUUAUUUUACGAGUUUGAUAAAAUGUGGAUAGAGUCAAAACCGGAAAACAUAAUGGAGUUUUCUGAAAUUUUUAAGAGGUUUGAAAAUGCAGUUAGAAUGGCUCUGGCUGAUCCUGCUUCAGUAUUUAGAAUAAAUAUUAAUGUUGACAAUGUUUAAAUUAAAUUUGACCCACCAGCUAAUAAUGCUAGUGUUAUUCAGAUCACUUAAUUAUUUAAACCACACGAUAUUCUAACUAGCUCAGCACAUGAGACAGAGUGACAAUAAUGAAUUAAAUGUGUGAUACUUAAAUAAUACACGACAUAAUAUAUAUUAUUUGCUAAUAACACGAGCUUACAUAAUAAUCUAAGUCAACAACUUAGGUUUUUGAUGGAUUGAGGUUUUUUUUAUGUAGUUAGUUACAUAUUUAACUUAUUUUCAACAUAAAGUUAAUAGAGGAAUUACAUACAAAAUUAGAGGUAUUAAUGUGGACCAUUAAUUAAGAUUAACAUAAUUUUUAUUUCUGAUCUCUUCAUUGACUAAUAAAAAUAACCGUAAGCUCUUGAAAUAGUGCAAUACUUAGGACAACUAAGUUUAGAGUUUAGUUUUUGCUGUACACAAAUUCCGUCUUACCACAAAAACUUUUAAACGUCAGUUUAUGCCUUGUCUAAAAAAAUGUCAAAUUAUGACGUUGACAUAUGGUUCAUUUUGCAGCCAAAAUUUUAUUCGACAAGUGUAAAACAGGGUUUAAAGUUUUUGUAGUAAGGCCCAUUAUGUUUAGUCACUGUUUAUAAGUUUUAGGUUGGGUUGGUUUAGUAUAUACCCAAAGUCAAUUAUUUUAAUUUAUGUCUGAAUUAUAUUAUACUCAUUUUAUUACGCUUCAAAUUGAUAUUCUGUAAUCGUUAAUCAUUUUAAUCCUGAGUACCUUUUUUAAUAUUGAUGAAACCAGCAUUUUUGCUUUUCAAGGCAAUAAUUUAUUUCUAAAUUUUUCUAAAUAAUGUUAAUGCACGAUUUUGCUUAAAAGAAAAAACAUAAUGCUUCUUGCACUGCUGACAUGAUUUGCCAAAUGCUACACUUAUCUUAUAGUAAUAAAAUAACAGGAAAACAUUUAUUUAUUUGUAUAUGUAUACCCUAAAGUUCCGAAACUACUGAACCAAUUUGAAAAGUUAAUUCACUGUUGGGAAGGUAGACUACCUCAGAGUAACAUACGAUUAUCCUUUGUCUGAGUAUGGGAAAUAGUUACAUCGGGACGCGGGUAAAAACCGCGGCAAAACAGCUUGUUUUUUAGCGUCACUGGCUGUAUAAUUUUAUAGGGUAGUUAGGUUUUUUACAGAAUACUAAAUUUCAUUUUUUUUUAAUUAUGUGGAUGGAAAUUAAAGCAAUGCCAGGAAUGUAUGACUACUUUUUAAAAUUGGGUUAUUUAUAAUAGGCCAUCACAAGAGCAAAAUAAUCACAACUAGAUCAAAUGCUUAUGUUUUGUAAAUGCUAUAGCAGAAUCCUUUAAGUAAGUUUAAGGCGCGUCUAAAAGGGCUAUGCAAUCUUGGCAAAAAUGUUUUAUGCAUAUUCACGUCCGCGCAAGCUAUGGCUGAGGCAUGUCCUGCAGUAUGGUAGAUGCAGACUCUUAAACGAGCUUUACAAAAGCCAUAUAGGUAUGUAUUGCCAUACUGGAAAUGUUUGUCAAAUAUUACUAGGACAAGACUGCAAUAUUGCAGUCUGGCAAGUUUUGCUUGCUAUGUUGCUGGCCACUGCGUUAUAGCCACAUAUUGCAUAAAAAUGUAGCCCAUUUAGACAUCGCGCCUUCAUCAUGUACAAUAUUAAUAUAGACGAAAUGUUGCAAUAUUUAGUAUGUUGGGUGUUUAUCAGAUAAUAAUUAAUUAGUAAAAGUAUGAAUUACUUUAUGAUGUAAUAUGAGUGUUGUAUGUGGCUUUUGCUAUUUAUUUAUUUAUUAAGAAAAAUGCACAUAAUAAAAGUGUUGGAGUUAA